UUUGCAGAGAUAGCUUGAGAGAGGGAGAGAGAGGGAUAGAGGAGAGAGAGAGUGCGUAUGAGAAAGGGAGGGAGAGAGAGGGAUAGAGGUGAGAGGCUAGCAGAAAGUGUGCGGGUGUUCAGUCGGUUGGUAUUGCCGGUCAUGAGACAGUAUGACUCUCUCCAGCGCUCCCACUCUGCGCAGAGGAAGUACCCCUCUACCAAUCAAGCACCAGCUCAGGAGAGAGGAGGCUGUCAAUGAGGAGUGUGAUUGGGCAGCAGAACUGGGCAGGACCUCGCCUCCUCCAAUCAGCGUCAGCCCCGCUGAAGACGACGCCCUUACGUCGGCAGCAGACGUGAGGGAGGAAAGGCCUUUGCGAAUAGCGCUGUUGGGGCAAAACGGCGUGGGCAAGUCGUCCCUCGCCGUCGCCCUCGCUGGAGAGUUCGACAAAAGCGCGUCGGUGGAUUCCGACGGAGAGGGCUGUGUCCGCACAGUCACUGUGGAUGACCAGGAGAGCGCCAUCAUCGUCUAUGACAACUGGAGACAGGACCUGUCGGCCCUGCGCUGUGACGUCUGCCUGCUCGUCUUCUCCGUCACCGACCGGCGCAGCUUCCACCGCAUAGCGCAGCUGCGCCUCCUUCUGAGGGACAUGCAGCCCCAGACUCCCAUCAUCCUCGUGGGCAACAAGAGCGACCUGGUGCGCUCACGGGAGGUCAGCACCGCGGAGGCGCAGUCCAGUGCAGACCUGUUCCAAUGCUGGUACGUGGAGCUCUCUGCCUCCCUGGAGCACCGCACCUCCGAGCUGCUAGAGGGCGCUGUGCGAGCCGCCCGAGGGCAGUCCAUGUGGUGGGAGGAAGCUGGCAAGGAGGCCCGGCGAGAAAGCCUGACCAGCAGGGCUAAGCGCUUCCUGUCCAGCCUGGUGCCCCGCAACCCGCGUGACCGGGGGGAGAGGGAGAAGGAUGGGGGCAGGUUCUUCAGGCAGAAGUCACGUUCCUGCCACGACCUGGUGGCCCUGUGA